UAAGUUGACACAAAAACUCGUCGCACUUUUCUGUAGUCAAAACAAACUUAUUCUGUUUUGCUUUCUUUUAAAAUGUAAUUUUUCUAUUAUAAUCUUAAUAAGUGAUUUGUACAUCAGAUUGUCCUGAAAUAUUUUAUUUAAAAGCAGUUUUUUCUUAAAAUUUUCUAGUUAAAAUGUCGCGAGUGUUAUGCAAGAGUGUUUGUUUCAUCUGGGAGCAAGUGAGAAAUGGAUCAAAUCGUACUUGCAUAGCGAAAAUAGGCCGCGAAAAAUAUGUCCGUGUGUAUCCAACUAUGGUUGUGAAUUCUGAUGGCUCAACUUAUACAAUUAGAUACCAUGAGCCCAGAAAAAUUAUUAAAUUGCCAAUGGAUACAAGUAAGUUAACAGCUGAAGAAUUGCAUAUACAUUUAAAUAGAAGAAAGGGAAUAAAGAAAGUAGUUAUAGAGGAACAAUUUGAAGAUGACUUUGAUAUAAACCGCUACAGCCAUUUAUGGAAAGACAAAUCAACAGAAAACAAAUAAGACCUGUAGUUGUAGCUAUAUUAUAAAUAAACUAUUUUAGAUCA